AUGCUUAGAAACAACGGCUCUGUUGCGAAUAUUCAGUAAACGUAAUCUACGACUUCGUUGCUACAAGCAUUGGUCAACUCACGACCUAAAUCGUCUUAAAAACGAAUCCCGUCUGCCAAAAAUACCAUAAUCUAAUAAAAAAAUAUCCAACGAUGUGAUCCUAAAUUGUCAUUACCUGAACCUCCAAAAUCAACACGUACUCUUGACAGCGAUAAAAAAUAAUAACCAUAGCAAUAGAAGAGACUCACACUAAUACAACGAACAAUGUAAAAUAAACCAUAAGAACGCUAACGAAUCGACAGUUCAGGAUAAAAAGAAGUGCCAAAAGAAAAAGAGGAGUCACAGUAAACUAUCCCUGACAUUGAAAUUCCCAAAUAAGUCACUGUAUUUGCACUUUCGGAGUAAGAUUAAAACACGUCUGAGGCAAAAGGCACGACUCCAUUCGUGCCUCCUCAAGCCUCAGCUCCUUUAUCCAAAUAUGUGAUGCGACUAUCCAAGGGUGCUAAUAUCAUACCUAAAAAACAGUAGGAUCGAAAAAGGAUGAACAGUCCAGUCAGGAGAGCCACUAAAGAAAAUCUUUAUACACCUACUCCUACUAUGAGCAGAGAUACUAAAAUGAGAAUGAGGAGUGUCUCUCCAGAUCGAAAAUUGAUGCCUAAACAAAGCUUAGGACCUCAAUCCCCUUUUAAUGAUUUUGAAUACUAUAUGAGUUUCCUAAGAUACUUUCAUAACAAAUUAACUAAGAAUUAGAUAAAAUAACUUUUUAACCAAAAAACUAAUUAAUACUUUUUAGACAUUUACUAAGAUCAUUUUUAGCAAAGUUAUCAUGCACUUCAGUAUUGCAAAGAUAUUGUAAAACCAUCAUUAAAUGCUAUUGCUAAUAAGAUUGUCAACUUACCAGAAAAUAAAUUCAAAAAAACUAUCGUUUUUGAUUUAGAUGAAACCUUAAUUCAUUGUUAAGAAUCAAAUGAUGAUCCAUCUGAUACUGUUUUAACCAUCAAAUUUCCUACUGGAGAAACAGUUCAAGCUGGAAUCAACCUCAGACCAUACUGUAGGGAAAUGCUAGCCAUACUGAGUCAAAAGUAUGAAAUAAUAGUAUUUACUGCUUCACAUGAGUGUUAUGCUCAGAAAGUCAUCAACUACAUAGACCCAGACAAAAAAUGGAUCCAUCAUAGAUUUUUUAGGGAGAGCUGUGUUGUUGUAGAUGAUGGUCUCCACAUUAAGGAUCUAAGAGUGUUGGGAAAUAGAAAUCUUAAAGAUCUAGUCUUAGUCGACAAUGCCUCCUACUCUUUUUGCUUUUAAAUUGAAAAUGGUGUUCCAAUCAUUCCUUUUUAUGACAAUAGUUCAGAUAGGGAAUUACAAUAUCUGACUACUUACUUACUUGAGGUGAUGCAGGAAUAGGAUAUCCCCUCGAAGAAUUUGUCGAAAUUUAAAACCAAUUUAUAUUAGGAAUCAACUAUCGAACAUUUAUUAAAUACUAUAUGA